CGCCCGGUUACACAGCUAGUUUGAACCCAGAAGAAUGGGGUGGAGCCCCUGAAGAGAAGCCAAGAAUCCACUCACUUAGGAUGGCAGAAAGUCCCAGUGCUUUGUCAUCAUAGCCAAACGGCGUGAAAGACGCUGAUGUUUUUACUAGUUCUGUAACUCCGAAGACUUAGAAAAGAGAAAAUACGCAUAGAAAACAUAGGCUCAACUGAGCAACCAGAGCUUGGAGAACACAUCUUCAGUAUUCCCAUUGCAUGCGGAAAACGGCCGGUCAACCGACACUUUGGUGGGAGAUGUGGCAAUCUGUAUUAAUGUACUAUGUGGCGUUGCAUUUUGUACAAGGAAUAAUUCUCUCAGGAGAACCAAGGAUAACAAGAAGGACAAAGAUAUUUAUUAUGCCAGGUUGGAUGUCUUGGUUUGGAAACAGCAUGGUGAUUUUCAUAUUGCAUAGACAGAGAGGAAUACUGAAUCCAACAGAUUAUCUCACUUUCAACCUGGCUGUAUCAGACGCUAGCGUAUCUGUGUUUGGUUAUUCCCGAGGGAUCAUUGAAAUCUUCAAUGUUUUUAGGGAUGACGGCUUCCUCAUUACAUCCAUAUGGACUUGCCAGGUUGAUGGAUUUCUGACACUGCUCUUCGGUUUGGCUAGCAUUAAUACUCUUGCAAUGAUUAGCGUAACUCGCUACAUUAAAGGCUGUCAUCCCCACAGGGGUAAGAAUUUAUUCACAAACUUAAAUAAAGCAGAUGCUUCUUUCUGGCAAAUCUAUUCUCAGUAAA